AUGGCCUUAAAGAUAUUAACCGUGUUUUUGCUACAAUCUGUUCUCAUAUAUUCCUAUGAUGUUACAGUUACUACUAAAUUAGGAGAUAUCAUUGGUAAAUAUGAAGAGAUACCUGUACGGCCGAGCAAAAAAACCAUUAUUUCAUUUCUUGGCAUACCUUAUGCUCAACCACCAGUCGGUGACCUUAGAUUUAGAAAGCCUGUACCGUAUGGUAACUUUACAACACCUUUUAAGGCCAUGGAGUUUGGUGCUUCCUGUCCACAAUUCUGGCCUGGAUUAACAUCCAAGGUACAGGAUGAAGACUGUUUAUUUCUUAACAUAUUUAGUCCAGUAGGAUCUGGUACCAACGUGAAGUAUUCUGUGAUGGUAUUUAUACACGGCGGUGGAUUUAUAAUAGGUGAUGGCAGAUCACAGACGUACGGAAAACUGGCAGCUUUUGGAGAUCUGAUAGUUAUUACACUAAACUAUCGAUUGGGACCGCUAGGAUUUCUUACUUCCGGUGACUCGUUUGCAAGAGGAAAUUUCGGAUUAUGGGAUCAACAUUUAGCUCUAAAAUGGGUGAAUGAAAAUAUUGAAAGCUUUGGAGGUGAUACGAAAAAGGUUACUAUUUUUGGUCAGUCGGCUGGAGGUGUAUCGGUCAUAUUUCAGGCACUUUAUCCUGGAAAUAAAGGACUAUUCCAGAGAGUAAUAUCUCAAAGUGGUACUGCGAAUACUGGAUGGGCAAUGCUCACGGAUGCCAACUCCAAAACUACAGAAUUUUCUAAAAGGUUUAACUGUGAUGAGUUUUAUUCAGAAGCUUUAUUAACAUGUUUGAGAAACAUUAAUGAUACAACCGAGAUGGCUAAGAAAUCAUAUAUAAGCUUUUUUAUUGAUGGGUCUGUUGACUGGACUCCUGUUGUGGAUGGAGAUUUUGUGACACAAGAACGUGUUGAUGCUCUAAAGCUUCCAUCUAACUCGGCACCAAUUGAAUUAUUUCAGAAUAUAAGCGUCAUUAUGGGAAAUACUGGUUUAGAGGGUCAGCAGUUUGUCAUACCAGGCACACCGUUACAUUCAGCUGGUAUCAAUUCUUCAUAUACCAUUGAAGAUCUGAAAUCCGUUAUACGGACAUUCAUUCCUCGCACUUUAAAGGCUGUAAUGGGAUAUGAAUUAGACAAGAGUAUUGUAGAUGAUAUUGUUUAUCAAUAUUCCAAUUUCCAAUCUCCGAAUGAUAAAAAUGUUCACAUUCAAAAAGCCAUAGAUGUUAUUACGGAUGCUGGUUACUUCAUUCCUGUUCUGACAGCUGUGUUAAAUCACGCUCGUGACAAUACCAAAUCCAGUACAUAUCAGUAUGAGUUCAAUGAACUGAAUCCAUUACGUCCUCAUGAUCCAUGGGUUGAUGGAGCUCUUCACGGUGACGACCUUCAGUAUGUGUUUGGGUCAGUCUAUGAUGUUGGUGUUUCUAAAAAUCUACCACAACCACAGCUCGAUUCUCAAUGGAGAUUAUCAUCUAUUAUGAUGACUUAUUGGAUAAAUUUCGCGAAAUCCGGGGAUCCCAAUAAACCACUCACACCAGAGGUAAUUUGGAAGCCUUUUGACGAUAAAGAUAGGAGUUAUUUAUAUUUAUCAUCAGCGGAGAUCAAGAAUUAUCAAUAUCUACAUGCUGAACGUGCAGUAUUUUGGUUGGAAUACAUACCAAAGAUAUUAAAAAGAGCGGAAGAGGAAAGGGAAAACAUGAAAGAACUGAUGAGAAAGGAAGACUGUAUUAACUCGGGUUCUGUACUAUUUGGUAGCAUUAUUUUGAUCUUUAGUUCCAUUAUAUCUUUUGAUAUUUAUUUCUAA